AACGAGAGUGCAUGAAUGAGUUAAACUGAAAUUCCAUUGUAUACUCCUCUUGAAAUGCUACUGACAUUAAAACACUCCUUGUGAGGUAACUGGUUGUUCCAUUAAAAGCAACUGGUAAACAGUUGCUGUACAGCAAUAGUAAAAGUUAGCAUCUUUGUUCAUGUUUGCCUUAAUCGCACUGUAAUGGAGUUACACUUUGUCACAAUGUAUGCCUGGUUACUGCAGUUUGGUUGAAGAGUGAGUCUGGUAUGUCUGAAGAUUAACAGAUUGCUAGGCUUGUCCAUUGAAAGUCUGGUUAUCCAUCCAGUGUACAGAGGGUUUAACGUUACAAGUAGUGCUGUGCUAUUAACAUGUAGUACUAUGUUUCUCACCCAUUUUAUAUUUUUUAGUCUACAGGCAUGGAAAAUAGGAACGGUAUGAACGCACAGUCUCAGACACAGGCCACUCGUGGGGAUACACUGCAAAGAGGAAGACCUAGAAAUUCACGUCGUCGAAGACUUCUUGACAGCGAAACUCAAAGAAUGAGUAGUGACAGACAUCAAUUGGCUGCUGUCAUGAACCACGAAGGAGACACAGAUUACCUCAGUUUACAGACCAUUGUUGACAGUCUUUCGCAAGACCAAAUGCGUCAUCUUUUCACCUUGAUAGCAGAAAGGACUCCAUCAAUGCUAUGGGAGAUUCUGGUGGAGCAACACAUGUUCAAUGUUGAAAAUACACAGCGGCCAGUACAAAUCCCUCCCCCAUGGUGUGUGUGCCGCUGCUGCAGAGACAUGCCCACUUCGAUUGAACGAGUCUGCUGUGGGAAUGGACCAAAUCACUGUUUGUCACAUAUUUCUGAUAUGAACGUGGUGGUACUUCAUCAGACUGUACUUGCUGUCGCUGACACGUAUAGAAGAGCAAUUUUUGGUAUACCGGUGGACGCAGAUGAAAACCGUCGUUGUCGGCACUCUGCAUAUAGACAGUUUACUGUGUGGCGCUAUGGGAGACUCGGAAGCAGAGUGCGACGAGUGAUACCAAGUUGUUGUGUCUGGCGCAUUCGUGAACGUUACCCAGAUGCAUUAGGACAGUAUACAGGAUUUGUGCCACAUAGGAGGAAUGUGUAUGACUAAUAAAAUGCAUGGAAUGUACU